CUCCCUCACGCACACCUAUUAUAACGGCGGCUCCGCUCCGAACUUGUGCUUUAUAAUCGAAAGUUCGGAAUGGAGAUUAAAAUAGAGGAGAGAGAAACGAAACAUAAAAUAGAUAAAAAGGGGUAAAAGAAAAAAAAAAAAAAAGAGAAAGGAAGAAAAAAAUAGUAACACAGACUCAACACGCACUCUGUUUCUAAAAUCCUUUUUCUUCGUUUGCUCUGCCGCCAUUACUAUGAAUACCCUUCCUCCAAUUUUUGGGGUUUUAGGGUUUUCAGAGCGGUUUUAAGGUUUUAGGUUUUAUAUAAGCUGGAUUCUCUAUCUUUCUUGCGAAGAAUAUCAUUCAUGCGUCGUUGGUUUAGCGGUUUUGUUGAUUAGGUCUAGUUUCUGGACGAGUACUCAGCUCUGCUCUGCUCCGCAAGUGUGGAAGAAAAGGUUUUGGUUUUGGAUUUUAUUAUUCUUUAUUGCUUGUUUAUGAUAUUUGAAAUAUAAUUGUAACGAUGCGAUUGAGGCAAGGUUGAUUUUUUAUGGGAUUUGAAUGGCAUUGGAAGAUCUGAUGGCAUCUCGAUUUUCACAAUCUUCGGUAUCGGUUUCGAAUCACUUGGACGAGUUUUCAAGUCGUGAAGAUGGGGAUUUUAUUGGGCAAAGAAGAGAUUUAGAGGCUGCUGCUAGUAGCAGCAGCAAUGCGGCUGGGAUGACAACGACAAGUAUGGCGUAUUUGCCACAUACUGUUGUAUUGUGUGAGCUUCGACAUGAAGCAUUUGAAGAUUGCCUUCCAUCGGGCCCAUCUGAGAAUGGGUUGGUCUCCAAGUGGCGACCUAAGGACCGGAUGAAGACUGGGUGUGUAGCACUUGUGCUGUGUUUAAACAUUAGUGUUGAUCCACCUGAUGUUAUUAAAAUCUCUCCUUGUGCAAGAAUGGAGUGCUGGAUAGAUCCAUUUUCUAUGGCAGCUCCUAAAGCACUAGAAGCGAUCGGAAAAGCUUUGCAUUCUCAAUAUGAAAGAUGGCAACCCAGGGCUCGGUAUAAGCUUCAACUUGAUCCUACUGUGGACGAAGUAAAGAAACUUUGUAACACAUGUCGCAAAAAUGCCAAAUCUGAGAGAGUGCUCUUUCAUUACAAUGGGCAUGGAGUUCCAAAACCAACUGCUAACGGUGAAAUUUGGCUCUUUAAUAAGAGUUAUACACAGUACAUUCCUUUGCCAAUAAGUGAUCUUGAUUCCUGGCUGAAGACACCCUCCAUAUAUGUUUUUGAUUGCUCUGCUGCUGGCAUGAUUGUCAAUGCUUUUAUAGAGCUCCAAAAAGAAUGUAAUUCUUCUGGUCCCUCUGGAUCUCUUUCGAAGGAUUGCAUUCUUCUUGCAGCCUGUGAAGCACAUGAGACUCUUCCUCAGAGUGCUGAAUUUCCUGCUGACGUGUUCACAUCCUGCCUCACAACACCAAUUAAGAUGGCACUAAGAUGGUUCCGUACACGUUCAUUACUUCGUGAUACAAUUAAUCCCAUGCUCAUAGACAACAUUCCUGGCCGCCAAAAUGAUCGGAAAACACUUCUUGGUGAACUUAACUGGAUUUUUACAGCAGUGACUGACACUAUUGCUUGGAAUGUCCUCCCUCAUGAACGUUUUCAGAGGUUGUUCAGGCAAGACUUACUAGUUGCCAGUCUAUUUCGAAAUUUUUUACUUGCUGAACGGAUUAUGCGAUCCGCAAAUUGUUCACCAAUUUCAUAUCCAAUGUUGCCUCCAACUCAUCAGCAUCAUAUGUGGGAUGCAUGGGACAUGGCUGCUGAAAUUUGCCUUUCUCAACUACCUUCCUUGAUUGAGGAACCAAAUGCAGAGUUCCAGCCAAGUCCUUUUUUCACGGAGCAGCUGACAGCUUUUGAAGUAUGGCUUGACCAUGGAUCUGAGCAUAAAAAACCACCUGAGCAGUUACCCAUUGUUCUUCAGGUUUUGCUUAGUCAAUGCCAUCGCUUUCGUGCACUGGUACUUCUUGGAAGAUUUCUUGAUAUGGGCCCUUGGGCUGUUGAUCUGGCCUUAUCUGUUGGGAUCUUUCCAUAUGUACUCAAGUUGCUUCAAACAACAGCAAUGGAGUUGAGGCAAAUUCUUGUAUUCAUUUGGACAAAGAUCCUUGCACUUGACAAGUCUUGCCAGGUUGAUCUUGUAAAGGAUGGUGGGCACAUAUAUUUCAUCAGGUUCCUUGAUAGCAUGGAAGCCUAUCCAGAGCAGCGGGCAAUGGCUGCAUUCGUUUUGGCUGUCAUUGUUGAUGGGCACAGACGGGGUCAGGAAGCUUGUAUUAAAGCUGAUUUGUUACAUGUUUGCUUGAAACAUCUUCAAAUUGCAAUUCCCCAUGACACACAGACUGAGCCAUUACUUCUUCAGUGGCUUUGUCUCUGUGUAGGGAAGCUGUGGGAAGAUUUUCUAGAGGCACAGACAAUAGGUUUGCAGGCAGAUGCACCUGCAAUUUGUGCACCUCUACUGUCAGAGCCCCAACCUGAGGUUCGAGCUUCUGCUGUUUUUGCUCUGGGCACCCUUCUUGACAUUGGAACUGACUCGUGUAGAGGGGUUGGAGCGGAUGAUGACAGUGAUGAUGAUGAAAAGAUUAGGGCUGAGAUAAAUAUUAUUAGAAUCCUUUUGACUGGUGUUUCAGAUGGAAGCCCAUUGGUCAGGGCUGAAGUUGCUGUAGCUCUUGCACGCUUUGCCUUUGGUCACAAUAGGCACCUGAAGUCAAUUACUGCUGCAUAUUGGAAGCCACAGUCUACCUCUUGGCUAAAUUCUUUACCAUCAUUGGCUAGCAUUAGAAAUCCAGGAAGUUGCUAUACCAGCACAAGUCAGUUUAUCCAGCAUGGAGGUGCAAUUCCUUCUCAAAUUGGUCCUGUUACGAGAGUCAGCAGUGACAGCACAACUAUGGGUCGAGAUGGUAGGGUUUCCACCAGCAGUCCCCUUUCUGCUUCAGGAAUAACACAUGAGUCUCCAUUGUCGGAUGAUUCAUCUCAACAUUCUGAUUCUGGCAUACUAUUAAAUGAAAAUGUCACUAAUGGAGUAAUUAACUAUUCAAGGUCUAGAUCUCUUGACAGUGGAAUAUAUUCACAAUGUGUAUUGGCUAUGUGUACCCUUGCCAAAGAUCCAUCACCUCGAAUUGCAGGCCUUGGUCGACGAGUACUAUCCAUAAUUGGUAUUGAACAGGUUACUAAGACACCACGGUUCAAUAAUGGCAACAUUCGGCAGGGGGAUGGUGCAACUACGCCUCCAAUCCCUAAUCUUGUUGGACUGGCAAGAUCUUCUUCUUGGUUUGACAUGAAUGCAGGUCAUUUACCUUUGACAUUUAGAACUCCUCCUGUUAGCCCCCGUCGACAAAAUUACUUGACAGGAAUGCGAAGAGUUUGUUCUUUAGAGUUCAGGCCAAACCUACCGGCCUCUCCUGACUCGGGAUUAGCUUAUCCACUUUUGGGUUCUAGUGCGUCUUCUGGGACUUCAGAGCGUAGUUUGCUCCCACAAUCAACUAUCUACAACUGGAGUUGUGGUCAUUUCUCAAGGCCACUCCUUACUGCUGCAGAUGAGAAUGAAGAAAUAUUGGUUAGAAGAGAAGAGAGAGAAAAAUAUGCUUUGGAUCGAAUAGCAAAAUGCCAGCAUUCUUCUGUAAGCAAACUUCAUAAUCAAAUUGCUAGUUGGGAUACCAAGUUUGAAAUGGGUACAAAGACAAUUCUUCUACAACCUUUCUCUCCUGUCGUAAUUGCUGCAGAUGAGAGUGAAAGAAUUAGGGUAUGGAACUAUGAGGAUGCUACUCUGCUCAACAGCUUUGAUAACCAUGAUUUUCCUGACAAAGGAAUUUCAAAGUUGUGUCUUGUAAAUGAGCUUGAUGAGAGUUUGCUUCUUGUUGCUUCAUGUGAUGGAAACAUUCGAAUAUGGAAAGAUUACAGUAUAAAAGAAAAACAAAAGCUGGUAACUGCGUUCUCUUCGAUUCAAGGCCAUAGACCUGGAGUGCGGAGUGUCAAUGCUGUUGUGGAUUGGCAGCAGCAAUCUGGGUAUUUGUAUGCUUCUGGGGAGAUAUCAUCAAUCAUGCUUUGGGAUCUAGAUAAAGAGCAACUUGUUAGUUCCAUUGCUUCAUCAUCAGAGAGCAGCAUCUCAGCAUUGUCUGCUUCUCAAGUUCAUGGGGGUCAGCUGGCAGCUGGCUUUGUGGAUGGUUCUGUGAGACUAUUUGACAUCCGCACUCCUGAAAUGCUUGUUUGUGCUACACGGCCACACACACAGAGAGUAGAAAGAGUAGUGGGAAUUGGCUUUCAACCUGGUUUAGACCCAGCAAAGAUUGUGAGUGCAUCACAAGCUGGUGACAUUCAGUUUCUAGAUAUUAGAAAUCAAGCUGAUGCAUACCUCACAAUUGAUGCCCACAGGGGCUCACUCACAGCAUUGGCUGUCCAUCGUCAUGCCCCUAUUAUUGCCAGUGGCUCAGCGAAGCAGCUCAUCAAAGUCUUUAGCCUAGAUGGCGGACAACUAGGUACCAUCCGGUACCACCCUACUUUCAUGGCCCAGAAGAUUGGAUCUGUAAGCUGUCUCACCUUCCAUCCUUACCAAGUCUUGCUUGCUGCUGGUGCUGUGGAUGCUUGUGUCUCAAUUUAUGCCGACGACAACACCCAAACAAGAUGAUCACUUUCAAUGGCUCAAGUUCCUAUUUGUGGGGGUAAUGCAGGCACUUGAACAUGCAUCUCAAUCUUGCUGAUGUGACUUUAUUGGGUCAUUUAGAUCAUUGAGCUGAUUACCUCCUGUUCCUUCACAUUGGAGGACACAAAUCAGGUGCACAUGUGAAAAUUGUAUGUUACAUAUUCAUUAGCCUCCACACCAAGGGUUGCACAUCUCUUGAAAGAAUUUAAUACCCUGGGGGCUUUGGCCAAUAAUCGGUUAUAUAGGCAAAAGAUGUAAAUAUUUUUGCUUUUUCUUCCUUGUUUUCUCCCUUUCCAUCCCUUUGUUCAAUUUGUAAAGACGGGAUACUCGGUAUCAUUAUUAUAAAUUAAGUGCUGCAGACUCUAGAAGUGGCGAGUUGGUGCUUCACCCUGCACAAACAUGGGGCUUCAAACCCUCCACUUCCUGAGCUUGUAUAUUGUUUGGCUGAGCACUACUUGAGAGUAAUUAACAAAUCUUGCAGAUGAAA